AUGCAGUCAUCCAAUCAGCGCCGCGUUGCAUGCGUUGAGCCUGGGCAGCCGAGGCCUGGCUCUGCCCAAACGAGAACCAAUCACGCCCCUAAUCUCGCCCACACGCCCCUGGCCCUCCUCCCGUGCGCCAGCUCUCCCGCACGCCCACACGCCUACACGCCGCCGCCGCCGCCUCCCCCGCGACAUCCGUCGUCGCCUCCCCCCGGGACCUCGCCGUCGCCGUCGCUGUCGCGUUCGUCCGCACGGGCUCCGGGGACAUCCGUCGUCACCUCCCCCCGGGACCACGCCAUCAACGUCGCCGUCGCCGUCGCGUUCGUCCGCGCGGGCUCCGGGCGGACGCCGCACGCCGCGUCCAGGCCGCCGCCGCCGCCUCACCCCCGGGCCCUCGCCAUCACCGUCGUCGUCGCAUUCGCCGCCGCCUUCACACCGAUGUCCCGCUAUCGACAAAACCAAUCGCGCGAUCUUUCCGUUGUGGUAGAGGUGGCUGCAUUGGCGGUGGGGGGCUCGGUUUCUCGUCCUCGAUCUGCAUCGGCGGUGGGGAGCUCGGCUUCUCGUCCUCGAUCUGCCGGUGAUGGCGCUUUUACGUCAUCACCAAUUCGCCAUCUUAUAACGACACGAGCUGCAAGUAACCACGGGGCAUCCUUCGUGGCUCUGCAGCUUCACGUUGCAAUACAGUAGAUUGGUGGUGGAAGAGUAGAGGCUUAAUCUAACUAAACUGGGUAGUUGAACCUUUUUGCUCAGGCUGGUAGAGAGGGCACAUUGCACUUGUGUUGAGUAAGUAGAAGCUAUUUUCGAACCAUAAAUUCUGAUGACCACAAAUGAAUUCUGAAUUCUGGUGGUUCUUCUAUCCCGCCGUUAUCUUCACCGAGCGGUGCGUCUCGGUACUCUUCAUAUGGUGGAUAUCAGGGUACAAGCAAAACGAUUGAAAUAUGAAAUGGAAGGAUAAGCUGUGUUCAAUUUGUUUUCAAUCACUAAAUUUAUAGUCGUGUUAGAAAGUGUCACCUAAAGUGUGAAGUUAGUAGUCAUGUUAACUAGCACUGCUGUUGACUUGCUCUAGGUUGUUAUUAUCAGAAAAGCUGGGGAAACUAUCAGUUAUCUCCAACUUCAGUUGAGGAACGAGAGUACUCUAUCCUGCCUGUGAUGAGUGAAUUGUCAAUCGUGCGGUGUGAUCGUGCGCUUGGUCUUUGGAUUGCAGGUACACGGGCGUCGAGUGUCGACGGA